CGGAGGAUCCGCGGCGGCUGUCGCUGGUGCAUGUGUGGCUGCUGGAUGCGGAGGCGGCGGCGGCGGCGGCGGCGAGGAGCAGCAGUGGCGGCAGGAUGUUAGGGCAGCAGCAGCAACUGUACUCGUCGGCCGCACUCCUGACCGGGGAGCGGAGCCGGCUUCUCACCUGCUACGUGCAGGACUACCUCGAGUGUGUAGAGUCGCUACCCCACGACAUGCAGAGGAACGUGUCUGUGCUGCGAGAGCUGGACAACAAAUACCAAGAAACAUUAAAGGAAAUUGAUGAUGUCUACGAAAAAUAUAAAAAAGAAGAGGAUUUAAACCAGAAAAAACGUCUACAGCAGCAUCUCCAGAGAGCAUUAAUCAAUAGUCAAGAAUUGGGAGAUGAGAAAAUUCAGAUUGUCACACAGAUGCUUGAGUUGGUGGAAAAUCGAGCAAGACAAAUGGAGUUACAUUCACAGUGUUUCCAAGAUCCUGCAGAGAGUGAAAGAACCUCAGAGAAAGCAAAGAUGGAUUCCAGCCAACCAGAAAGAUCUUCGAGAAGACCCCGAAGACAGAGAACCAGUGAAAGCCGUGAUUUAUGUCAUAUGACAAAUGGGAUUGAAGACUGUGAUGAUCAGCCACCCAAAGAAAAGAAAUCCAAAUCAGCCAAGAAAAAGAAACGUUCUAAGGCCAAGCAAGAAAGAGAGGCUUCACCCGUUGAGUUUGCAAUAGAUCCCAAUGAACCUACAUACUGUUUGUGUAACCAAGUGUCUUAUGGAGAAAUGAUAGGAUGUGACAAUGAACAGUGUCCAAUUGAAUGGUUUCACUUUUCAUGUGUUUCACUUACCUAUAAACCAAAGGGUAAAUGGUAUUGCCCAAAGUGCAGGGGAGACAAUGAGAAAACAAUGGACAAAAGUACUGAAAAGACAAAAAAAGAUAGAAGAUCAAGGUAGUAGAGACCAUCCACAUUUUAAAGGGUUAUUUGUCUUUUAUAUGAUUUGUUUACUUUCAAAAAAAUGUUUUAGGGUAAUUGCAUAAGACUAUGCAAUAAUUUUUAAUCAUUAGUAUUAAUGGUGUAUUAAAAGUUGUUGUACAUUG